AUGGCAUCUGCAGACAAACUCAUCGAGGCCCUCCAAGGUCUUGACGCAAACUCUUUCACCAAUGAAGCCGAGCGUGUUCGUGCCCUUGAUGCCCUUGCCUUGGCUGUGAGCAAGGUCCAGACGCCCUGGGAUACCGUAUGGCAUCACUGCUGGGUAAACCCAGCCACAAAUGCGUGUGCCAAAACUUUAAUCGAUGCUGGUGUUUUUCACAAGUGGAUUGAGGCUGGUGGCCAGGAAAAGACUUGUGCUGAACUGGCUGACCUUACAAACAUCGACCCAGUGCUCAUUCGACGCAUGAUGCGACAAAUCUCUGGACAGAAUCUCGUCAUCGAGACUGCUGAGGAUACCUACAAACCUACACCCUGGGUCCAUGCUUUGACUACCGAUCAAGCCCUCGCCAACGUAUAUGGUGGUCUCUCUGACUUUGUCAACGCUCCCAUGUUUAGAACACUGCCGUUUUACCUCAAGAAAAAUGGGUACAGGAACCCCACCGACCCUAACGACUGUAACUGGCAGUUCAUGAAGGGGAAGCAGGAGAACCUGUUCCAGUCGCUCAGUGCAGACCCUGUGGCUGCAAGAGAGUUCAACGAUGCAAUGGAGAGCCACUCCAAGUAUAACCUGACACCUUGGGUUGAGGUCUACCCAACCGAGACACUGGUCGUUGACUCCAAGCCUGAUCGGCCAUUGGUAGUUGAUGUUGGUGGAAGUAAAGGUCAUGACUUGACCAAGUUCCACCUGCGUCAUCCCGAUAUUCCUCACGGUAGCUUAGUUCUUCAAGACCUACCCGACAUUCUCAAAGAACUUACCAUCGCGGAAACGAUCUCGGUGCAUCCCCACGACUUCUUCACUCCUCAACCUGUCAAGGGUGCCCGUGCUUACUUUAUGCAUAACGUGCUGCAUGAUUGGGAAGAUAAGCAAGCCAAAGAUAUCCUCAGGCACCUUGCAGAUGCUAUGGAGCCUGGUUACUCCAAGCUUCUCAUCCACGAGAGCUUGAUUAGUACUAUCAAACCCCAUGCUCGUGUUACAACAUCUGAUAUUACCAUGAUGGCUUGUCUCGGUGCCAAAGAGAGAACCGAAGCCGAGUGGCGAGAAUUGAUUGAGAGUGUCGGAUUGAAGGUGCUGAAGAUUUGGAGACCACUUCAGUCAGUGGAGAGUGUUAUCGAGGCUGAACUUGCUUAG